CGGGGAAGGUCCGUUUAGCUCCCUGCUGAGGAGGAGAGUUUGAGUUUGCCUUCUUUUUAUCAUUCCUUAGUUCAUCUUAUACCUACUCUGGAUUGUCGUUAAUGAUGCUUGGUGCGUUUAUGUGGUGUGUACUUUUCGGUUUCGGAACCAGUUUUGGGCUAGCUGAUCCGGAUGGCACGCCUCGUCAAGUUCAACCUGCUGCUGCCCUCAGGGAGGAUUUUGGCUUCGAACUGUGGCUGGCCAAGAUAGAACUCCUCGAACAGAAGGUUGUUGAUUUGGAGGGCGUCGUGAAGCAGUUGAAUGUCAAGUUGACCGGGAUCGAGGAAGAGCUGAACGAGGCAAGGAAUUGUUUCCAGAAGGCCAAUCACUUGCAGACGAUUGAUUUCGAGAAGACCGCGGGAUAUAAAUCCUGUUCCGAGUCACCGGCCAAAAUUCCCGGCCUUAUCGAGAUUCGCCCCCCGGGAGGUGCCCCAUUUGAGGUGAAUUGCGAUUUUUUCUACCGUGGAGGUGCUUGGACGGUGAUUCAGCAUCGCUUUAGUGGGGAAGUUGAUUUCUACCGGUCCUGGAACGAGUAUCGAGAUGGAUUUGGCGAUUUGAAAGGCGAAUUUUGGCUGGGAUUGGAGAAGAUCCACCGAAUCACCGGCUCUGGAAAGUUUGAGUUGCUAAUUCAGCUGACGGAUCGUGAUUUGAAACUACGUGAGGCACAGUAUAGCCUAUUCAAGGUGGCAAGUGAGACCGAACAUUUCACCCUGAAAUCUCUGGGUCAGUACAAUGGAACGGCAGGGGAUUCAUUCGGGUAUCACGUGGGCAUGAAGUUCACGACAUGGGACCGAAAAAACGAUCUGAUGCCUGGAGCCAAUAACAACUGUGCCCAAUACUUUCACGGCGCUUGGUGGUACAACAACUGUAUGCAAAGCAAUCUGAACGGGCGCUACCGGGGAGACGGCGAAUCGACCUGCUGGAAUACGAUCAACCCGCCCGAGUAUCCUUGGUGUCACGGGUUCAACAGCAUCCGGAUGAUGAUACGUGCGGUAGAAUGAAAAUCCUUUCAUCCCCGGCUUGGAAUCCCAGCUCAACACUCUGCUAGCUCGUCACCAAAAUGAACCAUUCACUUCAAACAGACCGAAUCGCACACCUUUAAGCGUCGUUACCCUUUCCAAUUGGUUCCAUAAAACACCCACUCCCUACCUACCUCGCCCAAUUCAUCCCCCUAUUCUUCAGGUGAACCAAGCUUAACCAGGUGGAUGACAUGAAUAUGCAAAUGUGAUAGCGAAUUUUGCUUGCCUUUACUCUCUACCGCGUGCCAUUAUCAGCAGUGAAUAAAAAUGAA